AUGCCUCAUGAACUCAUGCCUCAUGGACCCAUGCCUCAUGGACUCAUGCCUCAUGGACUCAUGCCUCAUGGACCCAUGCCUCAUGGACCCAUGCCUCAUGGACUCGUGCCUCAUGGACUCAUGCCUCAUGAACACAUGCCUCAUGGACUCAUGCCUCAUGGACCCAUGCCUCAUGGACCCAUGCCUCAUGGACACAUGCCUCAUGGACUCAUGCCUCAUGGACCCAUGCCUCGUAAACACAUGCCUCAUGGACUCAUGCCUCAUGGACACAUGCCUCAUGGACUUAUGCCUCAUGGACUCAUGCCUCAUGGACUCAUGCCUCAUGGACUCAUGCCUCAUAGACUCAUGCCUCACGGACCCAUGCCUCAUGGACUCAUGCCUCAUGGACCCAUGCCUCAUGAACUCAUGCCUCAUGGACCCAUGCCUCAUGGACUAAUGCGUCAUGGACUCAUGCCUCAUAGCCUCAUGCCUCAUGGACUCAUGCCUCAUGAACCCAUGCCUCAUGGAAUCAUGCCUCAUGGACCCAUGCCUCAUGGACUCAUGCCUCAUGGACUCAUGCCUCAUGGACCCAUGCCUGGACUCAUGCCUCAUGGACUCAUGCCUCAUGGACUCAUGCCUCAUGGACUCAUGCCUCAUGGACUCAUGCCUCAUGGACCCAUGCCUCAUGGACUCAUGCCUCAUGGACUCAUGCCUCAUGGACCCAUGCCUCAUGGACUCAUGCCUCAUGGACCCAUGCCUCAUGGACUCAUGCCUCAUGGACUCAUGCCUCAUGGACUCAUGCCUCAUGGACUCAUGUCUCAUGUUGCCUCGCUGCCUGCCCGGGUGGCGCACACGGCUGCACCACUCACUUGGACUGCAUCUGCUCUGGACGGCUACUCGUCUGUGUGUGCCCACCUGUUGGACGCAUCCACCAAGCCACCUGCUGUCUGUCACGGUGUCGUGUCACCAAUGAAUCCUGGACCAGCAUCUCUCCCACUCCCCAUGCACUCCCCCACUCUCUCUCCCUGCAGGGGUCACAGCGCGCGCUGGGGUGGUCAAGCAGCAGCAAGCCAUUCGUGGGACAUACAUGAGUCACCGCGGGCGCUGGGGCGGUCGAGCAGCAGCAAGGCAUCGGGGGCGGUGGGGAUGAGUGAGGAGGAGGCGAUAGCGGAGCAGCAGAAGAUGUUUGCCGAGGCGCCCGCUGCCAUGCUCAACCUGCAACGACCCUCCUCUUGA